GAGGACGCGGCGUGAGCAUGUACCGACUGCUGACCCAGAGCCUAGGCCGAGGUCUCCUGCGGACCGCUGGGCGGCGGUGCCGGGGCUGGCCGGCGCGCCCGCUCCUGGGGCCGGCAGGAGGCCGGCUGCCCGAGGUGGAGGUGCCGGCCUCCCGAGUCGCGCCGCCCGGCCGGGGUCCGGGCCUGCUGCCGCUGCUGGCAGCCCUCUCCUGGUUCUCGAGGCCCGCUGCGGAGGAGGAGGAGGAGCGGCGGGGAGCGGGCGGGGCCGCCGCCGGGGACGCGGCGGACGAGGCCGAGGCCGAGAUCAUCCAGCUGCUGAAGCGAGCCAAGUUGAGCAUCAUGAAAGAUGAGCCAGAAGAGGCUGAGCUAAUUUUGCAUGACGCUCUUCGUCUUGCCUAUCAGAGUGAUAACAAGAAGGCCAUCACUUACACUUAUGAUUUGAUGGCCAACUUAGCAUAUAUACGGGGUCAGCUUGAAGAUGCAGAAAAACUUUUUAAAGCAACAAUGAGUUACCUGCUUGGAGGGGGCAUGCAACAGGAAGACAAUGCAGUCAUUGAAAUCUCUCUAAAGCUGGCCAGUAUCUAUGCUGCUCAGAAUAGACAGGAAUUUGCUCUUGCUGGCUAUGAAUUCUGCAUUUCAACUCUAGAGGAAAAAAUUGAAAGAGAAAAGGAAUUAGCAGAAGACAUUUUGUCAGUGAAAGAGAAAGCCAAUACCCACCUCCUUCUUGGCAUGUGCUUAGACGCCUAUGCUCACUACCUUCUGUUCUCCAAGCAGCCAUCACAGGCACAAAGGAUGUAUGAAAAAGCUUUGCAGAUUUCUGAAGAAAUGCUAGGAGAAAGACACCCACAGACCAUCGUGCUGAUGAGUGACCUGGCUACCACCCUGGAUGCACAGGGCCGCUUUGAUGAGGCCUGUGUUUAUGUGCAAAGGGCAUCAGAUCUGGCGAGACAGAUAGAACAUCCUGAGCUACACAUGCUGCUCAGUAAUCUGGCUGCAAUUUUGAUGCACAGAGGGAAAACAACUUUCAUCCCCAGCUGAUAUUUGACUUCUAAGGACGGAUGUCAAGUGAUGCUUUCACUUGUAAUAGCUGUGCUGGCCACGCUGGUCUAAGUGUAACUACGGAGGAAGAUAGGCCAGUUUUCCUCUGGGCUGAGUGGUGGUAAUUGAGCAGGCAUCUCUACCAUAAGAUUUUACUCCAUUGAUUUGCUGCCCUCUGUUCUCUGAUUUUAUCAAUAUCUGGCAGACCAGAGCUACCUGUCUCAUGGCAAAGGGGGAUUAUGGUGAGUUAUUUUUCUUAUAAUCUAUUUCAUGAACCCCAGUGUGGGAUUUAAUGCAUAAAGGAGGAAAAAUAAUAUCUUGGUUUGCCACCAGCAUCCAGCAUAAGGUUUUAAAGUGGGAAUUAGUCACUUGAAAAGUAUAGCACCCACCUGAUUAUAAAUGAAAGUGAACUGUAUGUUUUUGUAUGUAUCUGAUUAUAUAUAACUGUGGGAAA